CUUCCCAAAUCCCAAUCCUCAUUCCAGCUCGAAAGUGCGCCUCCCACCCACCUCCCAAGUCCCACCUCUGCUCUCCUCUCCUCCCUCUGCCCGGCCGUAUCUCGCCACAUCAAGGUGCGAUGGGACAGGAAGGGAGCUUCGAGGUUGGGGAUAAAGUGUUCUCCCGAUCGAUCCUCUGGAUUGGGGUUGGCUACUUCGACGAUUUCGCUUCCACUCCUCUGGAUUGGGGUUUCCCGAUCGAUCCUCUUUCGCAUCAUCCAUCUCCGCCUCCUCCUCCUUCACCCAGCCAUCAUAUGAACAUAGAUCUGCCCCAAUCGUCCGUCGCUGCGGAAUUUCAACCACCCCCAGCUGACGGUGAUUUGGUUUCCACCCCCAGUGAUGCGGGGUUCCCGAUCGAUCAACUUUGGUCUUCUCCUCCUUUACCCAGCUACCAAAUGAACGUAGAUCCGCCUAAAUCACCCGUCGCUGUUGAAUUACAACCACCCCCAGGCGGUGAUUUGGUUCCCACCCCCGUUCGUCACGUUCCUCCUCCUUCACCCAGCCGCCAUAUGAACAUAGAUCUGCCUCAAUCGUCCCUCGCUGAACUUUCGUCUGAUGCAGGGUUCCCGAUCGAUCAACUUUCGUCUCCUCCUCCUUUGCCCAGCUACCAUAUGAACAUAGAUCUGCCUCGAUCAUCCCUCGCCGCGGAAUUACAACCGCCUUCAAGCGGUGAUUCGGUUUCCAGCACCGUUCGCCCCGUUCCUCCUCCUUUGCCCGGCCAGACAGAUCGGCCAAGAUCGGCCAUCGAGGAGGAAUUACAAGCCUGGAGACUCCCGGACUUGCCUGACGUCACGGAUGUGGAGCUCCUGCUAAAGCACCUCGACCCAGCAUGUGAACGCCUGCCGCGGAAAUACAUCUCUCAACCGAGACGUCGUGCAGUCGUGAACGCCGACCUCCCUGUCAAGAACCCGCAGGAACUACCUGGGGUUGAUCGCGGGGAGGGGAGGAUAGGAAUCCACUAUCUCACGGAUAACCUUAAACUUUGUUUUGCCCAAAACACACAAUUAUUAGAAAACGGUCAAAGGAAAAAGUUUACACUGGAAACACCGGAUGGGUACUGGACGCUAAGAGACUCGGCGGGGGAGAGGAAUGAUAUAUGGUGUAUCGUCGGGUUUAAGAAGACCUUUGAAUUCCGCACCAAGAGUGGUACCAAGACCAAGUGGAUCAUGAACGUCUACUCCCGUGUGAACGGCUCAUAUUUUGUAGAGGAUGAUUUGGCUCUGUGCCACGUAUUCGAGCAAGACUCACCCGGGUACGACCCCAGGCCCAAAUGCCCCACAUUUCAUGAAGGACGAUGCGAUGGAUUGUCGAAAGUAACAGUACACCAUUACCAGGACCAGCGUUCCUGUCCAAGAUUUAUUCCUUUCACGCCAAAUCCUGGGUUCUUGGUCGGUGAUCCUGACCCUGACACCUCCACGCAGAGAGGCGUUCCUCCAACCGCUGACCAUGCGGAGUCGAAAAAGCGCAAAGUGGGCUCGGAUGUUUGGGAGUACUUCACAAAGAUAUUUGCACGCGACAUCAAAGGAAACGUGUUGACGUUUGCAGUGUGCAACCACUGCUCCAAGGUACUGACAGGCGGUUCCAGUGGUGGUACGACACACCUAAAAAAUCACACGUGCGCUUGCAAGCUCAAACCAGUGCUAGCCGGCAGAAAUCAAAAGGCCAGCGUCAGUGUAUCCUCGUCCUAAGUUUUCAUUUAUUUGGUCACGUUAGUUUGGGAGUUUUAUUUUGUUACUGCGUUAGCCGUCUGAUAGGAUUUCUUUAGUUGCAACUUUCUGCAAACUAGGAGGUUGUUGCAAAUUUUUGAGGUACACUCGAUCAUCUGUACAAUUGACAACAAAUGUAUACACGCCCAUGCCAAUUGGGCUUCGGAGGAAAAAAAAUUGAGUUAAUCUCAGUGCAGAGUUGCCUUUUUGAUCUGGUCA